AUGGACGAUGUGCGGAGUGUCGUGCACGGGUUGGUCGAGAGUAUGCAGCAGGAAUUGGUCCGAGAUUUGUUGAUUUUGCCGCCGAACGACGGACAGGAUUGGAAGCCAGAGAUAUUACCGCGGAUUAGUAUAGAGAAGUUGUUCGACAACCCCGCCGAAUUGACCGCCGGGUGGAGUUGGUUGCAGGACGCACGCACCGAAUGGACCGUCGGCGGUGCAGAUUGGAUGUACGGCGCAGACGUCCGAGGAUUCGACGAUGUCCAGUGGAACGACCGGGGCAUCGAGCAGUAUUUCCGUGCGGUUAGGAGGUGGAAAGAGCAGUUGAUCGUGUUAGUGCAUUUGUCCGCCGGGGCACCCGCCCGAGCGACCGAGUUGAUGAGCAUUCAGCACAAGAACGGGCCGGAGGCGAAGUCGCAACGAGGCAUAUUCAUCGAAAAUCAGAUGAUGGCAUUCGUGACGACGUAUUACAAAGGGUAUAGCGCCGGCGGCAGGUUCAAGGUCAUCCAUCGUUUUGUGCCGGAGGAGGUGGCGGAGUUAGUAGCAUAUUAUUUGUGGUUGGUGCAGCCGUUCGUAGAAUAUUUGCAGUUCGUGUCGAAGCAGUACAUAGGCGAGCCGUCGUCGUUUUUGUGGGAGCCGGAACCCGAAGAGGAUUGGGAAGCGGGAGAGGACGAGGAGAUAGACGAGGAGUUAAACGACGAAGAUACGCAUAUCGACCAAGGAGAGGAGAUAUGUUCGGCCGUGCCCGCAAACGUGGAUGGAUUUUGGGACACGAAUCGAGUGCGGAAGGUCAUGCAGCGGGAGACGGAAAAGCGGAUCGCGGUGCGGAUCGGGGUGGCAUUGUGGAGGCAGGCAUAUCCCGCCAUCUAG